AUGGAGACCCUGGAAGAAACUGAACUCUGCUUUCCACAACUGACCAACACUUCAUGCAGGAAGAUCCAGCGUUCUCACUUUGCAGCCAUUCCUAUUUACAUUAUAUUGUCUUCAAUCUCUCUGCUUACGGCAACUCUCAACCUGCUGGUCAUCAUAUCCAUUUCACACUUUAAGCAGCUCCACACUCCCACCAACCUCCUCCUCCUCUCUCUGGCUGUCUCAGAUUUCUUCAUUGGUCUCCUCAUGUUAAUUCAAAUUAUGCUCAUAGACGGCUGCUGGUACCUAGGUGACCUCAUGUGUGCUCUGGUUCUUGUUUUUGACUACAUUAUUUCUUCUGCCUCAGUCGGAAACAUGGUGCUUAUAUCUGUUGAUCGAUAUGUGGCUAUUUGUGAGCCUCUGCAUUACUCCACCAAAGUCACAGAAAAGAGAGUUCAAGUCUGCAUUUAUCUGUGUUGGAUAUGUUCUGUAAUCUUUCACAGUCUGGUUAUGAAAGAUAUCCUGAAACCACUUGGCCAGUAUAACUCCUGCAUCGGAGAGUGUGUAUAUUUGAUUCACUACAUUGCUGGAAUUGCAGAUCUUUUGUUAACAUUCAUUUUCCCCAUUACUGCCAUAAUAGUGCUGUAUAUGAGAGUACUGGUGGUGGCUGUGUCUCAGGCUCGUGCCAUGAGGUCUCAGAUUGCAGCUGUCCCACUCAAGCAAGUGAAAGUAACCGCUAAAAAAUCUGAGCUGAAAGCAGCCAGGACUAUUGGUGUUCUUGUAGUUGUGUUUCUAGUAUGUCUUUGCCCAUUUUAUUGUGUUGCUCUUACAGGCCAAGAUAACUUGAUGAAUGCUUCAUCUGCUGCGUUUUUUAUAUAUUUGUAUUACUUUAACUCCUGUCUGAACCCUCUGAUCUAUGCCCUUUUUUACCCCUGGUUCAGAAAAUCUAUUAAGCUGAUUGUUACACUAAAGAUCCUGCAGACUGACUCCUGUGAGGCCAACAUACUGUAG